UAGACCGAGGGGAUCCGCUAUUAAUAUUUCUUGGUAGCAUUCACCUCUAAUUCUAAGAACACUUAACUUUCUGACUUGACUAAAACUCUUGCUUUCUGACCUCUUACUAAUAUUUCUUGCCAACUUGCAACUCUAAUUCUAAUUACUUGACUAAUCCUCUAACAUUUUGACCUCUUCCUCAACCCCCUCACCCUCUCUCCAUCUCCUUCACUACCGUCCAUUCUCCUUUUCUUAGCCUCAAGAACUCUUUAGUCUUGCACCCUUUCUAGGCUCCAUAAAAGUUAGCUUCUGACCUGCCUCACAGAGCAUAUUUGGGCCAUGGACGCACACAAGCCCCAAAGAGGAGAGAGAGAAGCCAACCAAGGAUCAAAAGAAGAUGAGGAAACUCUCCCACCACCUCUGCCUCCAUCCUCCAACUCUUCCCCUUCCCAUGACUUCUCCUUCUCAAUCUCUGUACUCCCUUCUUCCAUGUCAUCACCGAACCCCAUCAAAUGCAACAAGGCCAUGCUAUCCACUGCUGUCGACAUGGCCCCGGCCGACGACAUCUUCUUCCAUGGCCACCUCCUUCCCCUCCACUUCGUGUCCUAUUCCUCCAUCUCUCCCCGCCCUUCCGACAUCUCCAUCGAAAACCUUAGCCUUCCUCUUGAGUACCAAAACAACUAUCGCCAUAACAACACCGAGACUGGCGAGACCAGGGAGAGAACCAAGUUCAAGUCCUUGUCUUCCUUCUUCGGGCUUGUAAAGUGGAGGAAGGCGAGUGACCCAGGAGAAAAAGAGGAGGAGAAGAAGAAGAAGAAGGGAAUUGACGUGAGCCGGUUCCUAAAAAAGUAUGUUACUAUGCUGGAGCUUUUCUUCUUCUUUAAGGGAAAGAAGGAGAAGCGUGACCUUCGUCGCAGACAUUACUCCAUCUCGGGAUAUUCGAACCCAAAGGAGAGGGUUGGAUGGAGGAGAAGAAGAGGUGAAGUCUCUGCACCAGCCUCUAUGAGAACGUCUCCGACGAACAGCGGCCUCCUCUCGGCCUACUCGGACGUGAGCACGAUGGAAGAAUUCCAGAGUGCGAUCCAGGCAGCCAUAGCGCACUGUAAGAAUUCUACUGCACCGAAGGAGGAGAAAUGAACUAGUUGAGAUAAGGAAGCAAAAAAAAAAAAAGGCAAAAAGCGUUACUGUCUUGUUUCGUUACGUGUAUAAAGACUUAACUACAUGAAUCACAAGAAACGUAUACUCAAAUUAGUAGAUUUGCCUUGAAUUUAUUAAUUUAACCGAGCAUCCAUAUCUUGGUA